AUGACGGCGCUCGUCCCCGGCAGGACGCGGCUGCGGCGGUACAUCGUCGCAGACAGUGCGUCGGACGAGGAUGAACUGAACUCGCGGCUCGAGACGCUGGCGGUCGCUGACUCGCCGCCGACGCGGCCGCCGGCGUCGGCGCGCAGGGGUGGCCUCGACGGCGACGCGUGGGCGCGCGUGGCGCGCCGAGACGCGACGGCUGCGCUAGACCUCGCGAGCGACGACGAGGACGGCUGGCUCGCGACCAGUGACGAGGAGGGGCAGGGCGCGAGCGCCGGCGAAAGCGCGUCGAACAGCGACUCGAUCCUGGACCUCACCGAAGCCGCCUCGCCCGAAGCCGCGGCGGCGACGAAACCGAUCCUCCUCGACCUCACGAAUUCGCCUCCCGGGGCCGCCGCUUCGCCUCCCGCCCGCAAGCCGCCGGGGCGAAUGGCGGAUACGUCGAACCUCUCUGUUGCGACGCCGCGGCACGUGGCGCGCGCCUUCGCGCGGCGGCGCGCCGCGCUCCUCGGCGACGCCUUCGCCGACUACGACGGCGCCGUCGUCGGGGGGCGCCUCGCCGAGGCGGUCGAAUGCUCCUGGUCCAAGCGACUCCGAACAACGUCGGGGAUCACGCGCAUGACCAAGCGGCGCGUGGGGCCCGUGGCUGCGUGGGAGCGACGCGCCGUCGUCGAGCUCUCGACGCACGUCUGCGAUUCGGAGGAGAAGAUGCGCCACACGCUCGCCCACGAGCUCUGCCACGCGGCAGCCUGGGUCGUCGACGGCGUCUCAAAGCCGCCGCACGGUCGCGCGUUCAAGCGCUGGGCGAGUCGGUUUAUGGACGCCGUGCCGGCGCUGACCAUCACGACGCGCCACACGUACGUCAUAUCCUACAAAUUCAACUGGCGCUGCUCGGCACCGGGCUGCAACUACGCCAUUGGCCGCCAUUCCAACUCACUCGACACGACGAAGUACGUCUGCGGAAGGUGCGCGGCGCCCCUCGUCGCCGUGCCGCAGCCUACGUGACCUUCCAGAAUUACUUCUAUCAAAAGGAUGUAUAUGAUACAGCUCCCGAGACGCAGUCUCCGGCACCUAGGGUGCAAUUUACGUGGAAAAAACGCGUAAGUUACACGUAAAGCACCGCUACAGGAGAUCCCACGUAAAAAACGGCGUAAAAAAGGAGGUAUCCAAAAGUCCUUCCAGGGCUCUUCCCGAAGCCGGCGCUAGCGGCCCUUUAAGACUCUAGCUCGCGAUCAGCACCUCGCAGAGUGUGGCUGCCCCAAACGUUGUCAGAGCCGAGCCAAUUGCUAGUUGCAUGCUGUUGCGAGCAAGGUGUGCACUCUAGGUGUAAGCUUAUGCGCCGUGCUCGUGCUGCUAUUGAGCUGCGUGGCUACCAAGGCCUUGUUUAGGCGCUCUGCCUGCGUGUGUGCGGGUUUUAUAAAUAAAUGCACGCGUAAAUUACGCGUAAAUUACGGCGUAAAUGACGCCGGACCGUUUCUCACGUAAAGAACGCCGUGCGUAAAUUGCACCCUAGCCCGGCACUGCAUCGCAGCUCCCCGAGACGCCGUCGGAGCAGGAGCUGCUCCGAGCGCGCGGCUGCUGGGGUAAAUGUCGGGGGUUUUGCGCGAGGAUAAAAGAACUGCAAAAAGACCAGCCUGGGAUAAAGCUCCACGCAUGACUUUGAACACGCAUGGGGGUCAACACUCGUAGUAUGAUAGACCCCGGCGUCGUCGUGCCCUCCGUACACGAGCCUGCGCCCAGCCACGGCUCGCGAGCUAUCAAUUUGGCUGCUUUUGAUACAAAGCAUUGCGCGAAAUCUGAAAUCUGUAUAGCUCCAACGGAGGACGAUUACAGACCAGAUCAGACGAACGCAUUGUUCAACCCCCCGCACCAUUAUACGGAGUCGCCCCAUGUGGACAUCGCACACUUGUGAGCCCUAGCUCUCUAUUCCCAGCCCAGGUGUCUGCCGCGGCCUGCGUAACCGGCUGUCAUAGAAUUUACAAAAAAGAGGUUCCACGACACUGUUCGCGGCGGGCCAGACGAGCCUCAAGUUCGAACCGACGAGCAAUCGACAAAACCGGUGUUCCGCUCGGUCGCCGCCGUCGUAUAUUUGAGGCGGCAAUUUGUGGCCAUCCAUAGCAUCGAGGACGCGUUUCUUUGUCACAAACACCCAGUCCGAGAGGACGCCGCGGCCGUCGGGGUGACAGCAGGUUGACAUGUAGAAGUCGACGCCGCGUCGAGACCGCCGCCUUUGCACGCAACCACGUGGCACGAGUUUGGUCUUUGGCGUUGGUAGAAUACAGACUACGUCGUUGACAUCAUUGUCGCGGACAAGCGUCACGCACGCUCGCAGAAACUUUGUCGCGUUGGCCAAGACGGCCGCGCGAACGUCGGGACGCCACUUGAGCACGACAGACUCCCCGGGUUCGUGCGGCACCAAGUAGCUCUUGCCUGUUUCAAAGAGGAGCGCAACAGCACGGCGGUUGAGGUUGUACAGGUGAAAGAGCUGUGCAGUGAAUUGAAUCGCGCGCGUGCGUUCUACGCUCGUACGCGCAUCGCGAGCGAUGAGUUUUACCAUGGCGCCGUCGAGACUGUUCAUGGUGAAAUUAACGAGUGCCGCGGCGAAGAACGGCGGCACGACCACGUCACGGUCACACGACGAAUUCGCCCAGACGUGGAGGAGCGGCACGACCGGCAGACCGUCGGCCCACGCGUCCGCGCCGCCGCAGAGGAGACCUUCAAGAUUCGCUGCCGUCGUGGCGAGGCUGCGCGCGGCGCCGACGACGUAUACGUAGAGCACGGUCCUCGGACGGGUUUGGGGCGCAACCUCACCCACCGUGCAAGCUGCCCCGACACAUGCCAAGCUCGAGGCGUGCAGCAACCAGGUCGCGGCGAGUCUCAUCAUCAUCAAGCAGACGCUGCCGGCUCAUGCCGCGUGUGGCGCUCCAAGUACUGUGAAGGCUCCGGCGCAUUCCUCCUCCCUACCGCAGUAUAGGUACCGUAGGUGGUACCGUAGGUACUAGAGAGAGAAACCUACUAGCCCUUCCUACCCUAGAUAUGUAUCUCCCACUCUCUAAUAUUUGAGUCUAUACAUCGAGUGUCAAAAGCACUACGGUGUAACAACUGUUCACUAUAAAACACUCUCGCAGUCAGGCCUAUCAGCCCUAGGCUGGUUAGACAUUGGUGGCCACAAGCAUCACAUGCGUGCUACCGGCCUCAGGCUACUGGCCUCCCAAGACUCGGAGUCCACUAGACGCAUAGGCCCCGGACUAUCCAUCUCAGGCUAGGAAUUUAAUUGUUACACUGUUCAAGUUGAGCCACAAUGAGAUACAUUCUCGAGUAUACAACACUCUCGGCGUACCAGCUUUUAGUAGUACGGGUGUGCUUGGAUACGUCUCAGUUGAACAUUGGAAUCCUACUAGACGUGUAUUUCCAUUGCACUACUAUCGAGCACGCCAGCAACACCCGGUCCAUUUCAAUCGCUGGAAUGCGAUUCCCAUUUGGUUCCCCGAUGCGUUUCCCACGGGCGGGCCAUCGACGAGUUUCUGUGAAAGGUGGCCGAAUCGAUGUCGCAGCCAGAGGUCGAUGCUGAGCGGUGCCAUAUUUCUGCCGCUUCGGGGAGGCGCUGGCUCAGCUUGAGCCAACAUCGACGCAAUUCUUGCAAAGCUCUUCGUCACGACAUACGCGUGGGUCCCGGGUCGUAGACGAGCACUUUGUCGUAGGCCUUGUGCUCACCGGUGUGAUUACAUGCUGAACGGGCUGUGAGGGCGAGGGGGCGGCCAAAAUCUCUAAUUGUCGACGAUGCGGGGGGGUUCCGUGCGGGGUGGCAAACUGCAGUUGAAAUGUUCCUGCCGCACAUUAAUACCUUGAUAGAAGUCAUGUUUCCAUAUCUGUUCCAGAGAGCAAGCGGAAAGACGUUCUGAUCUCGUUUCAAGCCAAAUGAUACAAGGGUGCGGACUGUAUCAGCAAAAAUCACAUCAAGCUUUGGCACAUUAUGGACCUUGCGGACAAAUAAGCCCAUGAGAAACAGUGGUGUUACAUCCACUACCUGCGUUAGCCAAAGGUUGUUAAGAAACAAGAACCGGUUGACGCCAGUGCUCGCCUCGCUACCAAAUUUGGCCCUCAUUGCCUGCCCAAACUGGCAGAUUAGAUGCUGGAAUUCCAUUUUGUUUUUUGUUGUUACUUGCCACUCGCUGCGAACGAGAGCCCUCUCACGGUGCCUGAGUGCGAUGAGCUCUACUUCUGGCUUCGUGCGGAUGAGUGCUUCGACAUCGGCAAAACGCGGUAGAAAGUAGAAAUACUUGUUACGUGUCGCAAUGAAACUGAAGUCUAUGUGAAGGAGGUAGUCAAAGGGUCGAAGGACCGCGGCCACGUGCCCAAAUUUGAAAAACUUGGUCAGGUCCCAGCCUGCACUGACGUUGCGUGUGCGAUGGACUUGGAAUGUGGCCCGCGGGAGGUAGCCAGGAGGCACCAGACACUGAAUCCAUCCGUCCGCGACCAUUUUCUGCGUGAUACUUGUGUCGCAGAAGACGUACCGAUGGUCCCAGCCUGUGCGAAAUAGCAACACCUAGUGGAUACUCCGUCACAUUGGACGAACGAAAUCGCAUUAUUUUGAGAGAACCUGCCGUUGAAGGCAACUCCCCUCCUUAAUUUCCAUGCGAGUCCUGACCGUGGAAAUCAUCCCACGGGCGAUAUUGCGAGAUUUCGUGGCGGUAAUUGCCAAAGCUGUAGGUAUAUAGUGCCAUCUUUAGGAUGCCAGUGCUAACCGACAAAUUCCUUCGCGCUGGAGCACAGAGAAGCGCAUCCUCAGGCGACAACUCGUCGCCAGCCUGCGACGGCUCAGCCACCGCGCCGGCUGGCGUACCUUGGAUCAGACCUUCUCCCAUUUGCACCAAGACGAGCACUCGUAAGAGCCUCAUGGAGUAGGGAGUGUGGCAUCGAAUGAUAAAUUCACUGCCAGCCCAGUGCGCGCUUGCACAGGCAAGAGCACCACGGCACCUACCUACGGUACCUGCUAUGAUAUGGCCAAGGCUCUUGUGGACAGUGCCACUAUGAACAUGCCCUUUAGUCCUGAUGUGCCUGCUGCAAGUCAAGUCCAAUUCUUAAGAUUAGUGAGGAGCGCAAAACUUGAUGCUAGAUGGGCGGACGUUAUCGACUGGAUGACGGAGAAAAGCCAUAUGCAACAUGCGAUAGCUUACAAAGUGUUUGGUGAGACCAGUGAGAAACUUAGGCCGUGUGCUGAUACGCUUGAUUUGAGACGUGUCUUGAUUCGCGUCGAAUAUGAGGACAUGGCGCGGAUGCUGGCUAAGUUAGGGAGUGCCACACCUCCCUUGGUUUGUUUUGGCGCGGGGGCGCGUGGUCCGGGGUCCCCGGGGGUUGGUGCCCGUUGUGGCAACGGCCUCUUUUCCACUUAUAAAUCUCCCAAAUUUUUAUCUUAGCUUCACUAUCCUAGUCUCACUUAUCUUGGUUAAAUACCCGGAUAGAGUAGGCCUAGUGAAUACGGUACCUACGGUACCUCCUACGGUACAAAAGCACAAGGUACUGCAGCGGGGCCGCACGCAGGGAGGCUGGCGCAUUGCACGCUAUCCGCCUGCGCCUGAAAUGGCCCUGCGCGCCUUCAAGCAGCCGGCCGCACGCUUGACGGGGACAGCCCUGGCGCUCUUUCGCAACUGCUGCCGCAACGUGCCAACCGGUGCCCAAUGCCACGGCGCCAUCUGAGUUAAAAGUAGCGCCGCGUCGUCCGAGAAUUUUAACGUUGAUAUGCACACAGGUGCCAACCGUUCUGACACUUUUCGACGUGGACAUGUCGGUGCGCGAGGCGCGCGGCAAAGUCAAGGACAUGUUCCGGCAAAAUGCGCACAUCGAAGACCCGCGGACCGCGGCGAUCUUGGUCCACAAGGGGAAGGCCGAGCGCGCAGCCGCGUUCGAGAGAUUAUUCUUUUCGUACGUGGGGCCCUGCCACGGCACGGCUCUCGCAAUCCGCACUGACCGGCUUGCUCCGCGUUCCCGCAGGCUCCAGGAGGCCAUGCUCCAGUACAAGACAAAGGCGCAGAUCAUGUACCUCCUCGAACCUCGAGACCUUACCGAAAAGCAAAACAGCAGCCUAGAUGCGGACGAAGCCGAGUUCUUCCGGGGCUCUUGACUGCGGGCCGUGCUAACUAAAUUGCACAGCGGCCGGGCACGUGCGGCGGACGGGGCGGGAGGCCUGGUCGGUGGGAGAUUUGAGCUUUGAAAUCGGAAGCACGUGGCGCGUUGCCCUCCGCGUUAUUAACUUGAUCGUGUGAAUAUUAAAA